CAGUACAAUGCAAGCGCCAUCAAACAACAAGAAAACAAGUUGAAAAAAAUUAUUAUUUUUUGGACCCAUCUCAUAUUCUAUUCUAAUAUCUUCUAUUCAACUUACUUUAAUUAACUCAACGGCUUCUUUCCAUUUUCUCUCUCUCUUCUGUUUCAGAGAAGAUGGGUUCUGAAGGUGCAGCAGGAACUAGCACCUUUGUCAUUAAAUGGAUCAACUUUCUCACCACGCUUAUAGCUUUGGGAGUAAUUGGAUUCGGAAUAUGGAUGAGCAGUCAUACUGAUGGUUGCAGAAAAUCUCUCACUUUUCCUGUUUUAGGCCUUGGUGCUAUCAUACUUGUAGUAUCAUUAAUUGGGUUAGUGGGAGCAUGGAAGAACAACUCAAUCUUGUUAUGGAUUUAUUUGACACUGUUAUGCUUGAUACUCAUCGCCAUUUUGAUCUUCACUGUAUUGGCAUUUAUUGUGACAAAUAAUGGAUCAGGACACAAGGUGGCUGGAUUAAGAUAUAAGGAGUAUCAACUGCACGAUUACAGUUCAUGGUUUCUGAAGGAACUAAAUAAUACCCAUAACUGGAAUAAUUUGAAGGCCUGUCUCGUGAAAUCUCAGGACUGUGCUAAGCUGUCCAAGAAGUACAAGACUUUGAAGAAGUAUAAAGCAGCAAAACUGACCCCAAUUGAGGCUGGUUGUUGCAGGCCACCAUCUGAGUGUGACUAUCCUGCUGUCAAUGCUUCAUACUAUGAUCUGAGCUAUCAUCCGGCUAGUUCUAACAAAGAUUGCAAGUUGUACAAGAACAAGAAGACCAUUAGAUGCUACAAUUGUGAUUCCUGCAAGGCAGGAGUUGCUCAGUACAUGAAAACUGAGUGGAGGGUGGUUGCAAUAUUCAACGUGGUCCUUUUCGUUGUUUUGUCAAUAGUGUACUUUGUGGGAUGCUGUGCAAGGCGAAAUGCUGCCUCUAGUUGCUCGAAAGCUUGACGAAAAGACAGUGAUCAGUUACGGGGAUUGAACAAGAGCACAAUCAAGCUUUAUAUUUUGAAGAUUGGUGAAGAACUUGGAUAAUAGAAAUCUCUUCAUUUGAUGUAUUAUUGUUCUCGCGCAGUAUAUUACUAAUAUUGACUCAUUCAAAACAUUCUAACCAUUAAAAUUUAGGGGAAAAAAUUGGGAGAAAUGACUAAUUUACUAAGAUUAAAGAUUAAGAUUGAUAUUAGUAUUUCAAUGGCUAUUAAACUUUGGUCGUAAAAUUUUCCAGCCAUCACUGUAUUAUUCUUCGCCUUUGUUCUUUUGGGCAUCCAUUAUGUGUUUAGUAAUUCAUUGUUAAAUAAUUCAUUGUUCAAUGUGGUGUUCUCUUUUUCA